CAGGGUAUCGGAUGCACAAAAAUCACCAAGGCCAGAAAUGAAGGUUCCACGAGCGGGAAUGCAGAGUCAAGAUCCUACCUUGAAAAGAAGCUUGUAUUUUGCUUUGGUUCAUAUAUUGCAGCCCAGAUGCUACUUCCUUUUGGUGAAGAAAAUUUUCUUUCUUCUUCAGAGCUAAUGCAAGCCCAGGAGAUAGCUACAAGGAUGGUCAUUCAGUAUGGCUGGGGACCUGAUGAUAGCCCUGCAAUUUACUACGCUAGCAAUGCGUUUACUGCUUUAAGCAUGGGGAACACUCAUGAAUAUGAAAUGGCUGCAAAAGUUGAAAAGAUAUACGAUUUAGCAUAUCUAAGAGCAAAAGAUAUGCUUCAAAAAAAUCGCCAAGUUCUGGAAAAGAUUGUGGAGGAAUUGCUCGACUUUGAAAUCUUGACUGGAAAGGAUUUGAAAAGAAUAUUUGUUGAAAAUGGUGCUAUUCAUGAGAAGGAACCAUUUUUCCUCUCAAAAGUUGAUUAUAAAGAGCCGUUGUCUAGCAGCUUUCUUGGAGAUGGAGAUUCAUCAGAAGUUGCUCUUUUAGGUGCAACAACCUAAGUCAAACUGAUAGAUGAACCAUUUUUUCUCCCUCUUGUGGCUUCUUUUUAUUGACUUUGGAAGCCAGAGCAUAUUGCAAGUGGUGCUGAAAAGAUCAGAAGAGGUUCUAACCUAGGCAUUUCAUGGUCUUGAAUUUGGCCUAGAGCUGAACUAACUCUUCUAUUGACCUAGAUUAUUAAAGAAAUUAUUUUCGUCAAAACAGUUUUUUGUUAGUUUUUAUUCUCUGGCUGCUCCCUGAUGAACAGAAGUACCAGAAAGGCAGAAAGAACAGAAGACAUCUAAUCUGUAAACCCUGCUUGCAGGAGAAAACAGUAGAGAAGUUUUGUGAAAUCAUGAAUGAAAUAUCUUUGUAAAACUUUAUUGAUUUUAAAUAGUUAGUGAAUAUUUAUGAACA